AAGCUACUUCGCCAGCCACUUCAUCAUGGGAGGGGAGAAGUUUGACUCGACUCAUCCCGAAGGCUACCUGUUUGGAGAGAACAGCGAUCUGAACUUUCUGGGGAACAGACCCGUGGCGAUGAACUGGAAUCACCUUUGGCAAAGCCCAGAAAGAUGAUCGGAGGCCCAGGGUCUUAACAGCAUGCAGGAGAUCAGUGAAAAGAAGAAGAGCCACAGCGAAGUGGUUGCCAACAGUGGGAAAGUCGGAAGUGUUGAAGGAUGUGGUGGUUCAAAGAGUGGAGACUUACACGGAGGGAGUGACAGGCGUCUGCUCUGCACACAUGAUCGGGUCCUCUGGUGUUUGCAGUUCCUAAAUUCCUCCGACGCCCUGUGGCUUCGCCGAAGGAAAAGCCCGGCGGGUCCGGCUGCCCCGUGGUGUAAGUUUCCUUACGCGGCUCCUCCUCCCCAAGAACCGGUGAAGACGCUGAGAAGCCUGAUCAACAUCCGGAAGGACACCCUGAGACUCGUCAAGUGUGCUGAGGAAGUGAAGGCCCCGGGCGACGAGGCCGGCAGAGCCAGAGUCCACUACAAUGUGGAGUUCACCUUUGACACCGACGCUCGGGUGGCCAUCACCAUCUAUUAUCAGGCCACCGAAGAAUUCCAGAGCGGCAUUGCCAGCUACAUCCCCAAAGACAGCAGCCUGCAGUCGGAGACGGUGCACUACAAGCGUGGGGUGUGCCAGCAGUUCUGCCUGCCCUCCCACACUGUGGACCCCUCCGAGUGGGCCGAGGAGGAGCUCGGCUUCGACCUGGACAGAGAGGUUUACCCGUUGGUGGUCCAUGCCGUGGUGGACGAAGGAGACGAGUAUUUUGGCCACUGCCACGUCCUGCUGGGCACUUUUGAAAAGCACACGGACGGGACUUUCUGCGUCAAGCCCCUCAAGCAGAAACAAGUUGUGGACGGGGUCAGCUACCUCCUUCAGGAGAUCUACGGGAUUGAAAACAAGUACAACACGCAGGAGUCGAAGCAGGUGGCUGAGGAUGAAGUGAGCGACAACAGCGCCGAGUGCGUGGUGUGCCUCUCCGACGUGCGGGACACCCUGAUCCUGCCCUGCCGCCACCUCUGCCUGUGUAACACCUGCGCAGACACCCUGCGCUACCAGGCCAACAACUGCCCCAUCUGCCGACUGCCCUUCCGGGCACUGCUGCAGAUCCGAGCCAUGAGGAAGAAGCUGGGCCCCCUGUCCCCAACCAGCUUUAACCCCAUCAUCUCCUCCCAGACAUCUGACUCGGAAGAGCACUCAUCCUCAGAGAACAUUCCGCCAGGCUACGAAGUGGUGUCUCUCCUGGAGGCCCUCAAUGGGCCCCUCGCCCCGUCCCCAGCGGGGCCCCCGCUCCACGUGCUUGGAGACGGCCACCUCUCAGGAAUGCUGCCUUCCUACGGCAGUGACGGCCACCUGCCUCCCGUGCGGACGCUGUCCCCCCUCGACCGCCUGUCCAACUGCGGCAGCCAGGGACUCAAGCUCAAAAAGUCUCUCUCCAAGUCCAUCUCCCAAAAUUCUUCUGUGUUGCACGAAGAGGAAGACGAGCGUUCUUGCAGCGAAUCGGAGACGCAGCUGUCCCAGCGGCUGUCAGCCCCGCAUCUCGGGGAGGAAUGUGACGGCACCCCAGAAAGUGAGAACCUGACCAUGUCAUCGUCAGGCGCUGUCGACCAGUCGUCCUGCACAGGGACGCCUCUGUCAUCCACAAUUUCCUCCCCAGAAGACCCGGCCAGCAGCAGUCUGGCCCAGUCGGUCAUGUCCAUGGUGUCCUCCCAGAGCCAGCACUCGCAGGUCAGCACCGACACCGUCUCCUCCAUGUCCGGCUCCUACAUCGCGCCUGGCACCGAAGAGGAGGGGGAGGCCCUGCCCUCCCCCCAGGCCGCCAGCCGGGCCCCCUCAGAAGAGGAAGAGGUGACCCCAGCAGCAUCUCCAGACUACAACUUCGUGGGCCUGGCCGCCGAAGAGCAGGAUGCAGAGGGAAACGACCUUCUAGAAGAAGAGGACGGAUCCCCGACUCAAGAAGAUGGCCAGAGGACGUGCGCGUUUCUAGGUACGGAGUGUGACAAUAACAAUGACUUUGACGUCGCCAGCGUGAAAGCACUGGACAAUAAGCGGUGCUCUGAGGCCUGCUUACCCGGUGCCUGGCAGGCUGAUGACAACGUGGUCAGUCGUCGGAACACACCACGCCGGCGCCUGUCGUCUGGCAGCCUGGAGGACCCCGAGAGCAGGCCCUGCGUGUGGGGCCCUCUGGCCGUCUGAGAGCCCCAGCCCCGCACAGGGCUCCCCCACAGUCCUCGCUGCACCGCUGACCUCCUGGGCCUCCUCGGCAAGACGCACGGGGACGUUAUAGACCCACAGGAAAGCUGGGCCCUGAGGGCACCUGCUCCUUCUCCCAGCCUCAUCUUCUUCCCUGACCGUGACUCUUCCCCGCUCAGAAGGGACCAGAAGCCUCCUUCCUCCUUGCGGGCUAAAGCCCCUCAACAAGCGGCAGCCCAGGAGAGCCUCUGCAGAGACUGACUCUGGAAUGUUCCCACGGCACCUUGAUCUUCAGGUGGAGCCGAGGUGCGCGGACUGGUUGUUUCCUGUGCAUCCUCACCGGGCAGACCAAGAAGGCGCGGAGUUUGGGGGCUUCGUUACAAACAUCCGGUAUUUUCUGGUCUCUGGGACAUCAUGGCCAAUCUGAGACCUCCAGCUUGGGGCGGGGUGGGGGCUUGAUUCCUGGGAGAAGGGAAAGCCGUAUUGCACUGUAAGCGGAAUUUCUCUCGAAAAGCAUUAGGAGCGCCUUUCUCAAGGACAAGAAACAGGAGCAACCCCCCCAAAGGGUGGUGGGGAAAACAGCUCUUGCCUCUAGUGGCAGAGCCUGUGCCUCGUGGGUCCGCCUGCUUAGGAAGGAGGCCUUGACCCUGCGAAUCCCCCAGUUAAAUGAUGACCUUCCAGAGGUGCGCUCAUGAGGGCCGGGGGCUCCAUCCUAAGGUGACAUUGCAGCAACACUUUUUGACCCCUCCGUGUGCCAGGCACAUGUUAGGAGCUGUCACAUCUUACAUUUCAUGGCUCCCGCCCUGUCACCCUGUCGGGUGGUAUUCUUACCCCUGCUGCCCCCAUCCCCACCCCCUUUUCUUAAAAAGUUGAGGAAACAGGCUGAGAGAAGGGCGGACUGGUGAUUGUCAUCUGGUGCCCAGGAGCCCAAAGGAAGCUGGGGUCAGCGGUGGCCUGGGAACCUCCCCACCCCACCUGUCUUCCUCCCCUGCCCUCUGGAUCUGCUGAGCCUAACAGGGUCGGGGGGGGGGGGGGGGGGGCGGGUACUGCCUUCCAUAGGCUCAUUAGAGAUUUAGAGAUGGUGUCAUUCAAAUUGCGGGCCCACCCCUCGUCGGCCCAGUGUAGGGCAGGUAAACAGCCCGAAACGGGAAAUAACAGGCCAGAAGCUGCGGGGUGUCAUCUCAACACGGGUGUCGUCAGUGGAUCCCUCACAGCUCUCGACCAGACACGGUGUCUGCCGGCCUUUGGAAGGGGCGGUGGUUUCACGCCAGGUGGGGAAGCCAAGUUGGAUCCCAGAGUUUGUGAGGCUGAGCCCUAGGCCGUCUUAGUAGCUGGACUUGACGCCCUAGCAGAGCUUCCCAGGGUCCUUUCCAAGGCCUCAGAGAGCCCAGUGCCUGGCGGUCCCUCCGUGUGGCUUCUCUGCACCACCAGGCCGGCAGUGAGCCUUUCGCUGCCUUGUGGCUGCGGUUCACGUCCUGCCCUGAGGGGUGGCGAGGCCUGUUGUCCUGACAGACACUACAUGAGCCAAGCUAAAUCCAAGCUUCUGUCCUGAGUUCCCGUGUCCACCCUUUCUGAAAUCCUGCAGCGGACUCUGCUGUUUCAGACCGCACUUUGUGUCUUUAGGUCUUUUUUUUUUUUUUUUUUUUUUUUGCUGCACCCAUAGCACGCAGACGUUCCCGGCCCAAGGAUCAAACCCAUGCCACAGCAGUGACAAUGCCGUGAUCCUUGACCCACUAGGCCACCAGGGAACUCCUCGAUGUCCUUUCCUUCCCAGAUUGUUCCAGCCCCUUCCGUAUUUAAGAUUUGAGCAAUAACCCUACUUCCUGAUUUCCUUGAAGGCUGAGCCCCAGAAGCACCAGGGGACAGCGAGCUCCCUUAGCCUGGGUGGUGGCACACAGGCCUGCCGGGAGAGGAGGCAGGGCUCGCCGUGUGGUGUCACCUGAGAUGAAGCAGAUGCAGGUCAGCAGCAGCCACGGGGCCAGGAGCCCGAAGUCACUGCCUUCACCUCUUCUGGAGCGUCUGUCUGCUCCCACGAAGAGGCGCAGAUUCCCCGAGGCCUCGGUUCCAUAACCAAGACACACCGGGGUCAGAAGCGGCCUCUGGCUCCUCAUCAGACGGCCCCUGCUCUCCCCUCCCCAUCCCCACCUCUUCCCGUUUAGCUCCCUGGCAAGCAGAAAGGUCCCAUCCAAAGGGGCUGGUCCUCAGCCUGAUCAGGGAACAGGGCAUCUGCCCCACCCACCAUCUGGGGACAGUCAUGUGUAGGCAGGUAACCCAGAGAGAACGCGACAGGGCCCGGCUUCUCAUAUGAGGGCACAGACUAUGGGAGGCCUGGGGCUCCUGCCUGCCACGCUCAGGUCUGAGCUCACCUCCAUGUGGGGUGGCGAUCCCGGCCUCCUCGCAGAGCCCCUUUGCCUUCCCCUGCCAGCCCCUCCCACCGGAGGUCAUGCCCUCACUGGGGCAUCUCCUGGGCACAGACCCACACACUUUAGGCCAGCUCACCUGGGGAGGAGUUCGUGUCCUGCCCACCUCAGCAUGCUGGUUGCUCCCUGCUCUAGGACCUGCACACCUAGUGUGUGUAAGUGUGUGUGGACUGGUGUGCCGUCUCCGUACCCCACACUCCCUGGAGUAGGCUCCUGGGCGCGCUAGAGUGGGGACGUCAAGGAUGCAAUAUGUAUGGAUUGCUGCAUGAUUCUUAACAACGAAUAAAGCUGUUUACAAGGGAAGGAGAGCUGUUAACUGUGCA